AUGAGCCAGACAGGUGAGGAUCUGCUUAUCAUCUACGAGACAGAGGCAAAGCAAUGGGCUACCUAUCUUCAGUCAGUUUUCACUGGCCCAGUCUCAGAGGCUGGGAUCUGCUGCUAUGAUGUUGCUACACUGUCUAGACGACAUGACUUCCUCAGACUUUCCCGCUACACUUGCAAGAUCCUGAUCCUGACCAAAGGCAUGCUUGAGGAUUUUUGCCAUCUACGCCGUUUUUUCCUUUCCCGUGUGUUGAGUCCUGCAUCUAACGUGGUGGUGUUGCUGUGCGGUGUGGAAAGCCUGACUCCUUUGUUGGAUCUGGUGCCCCUGAAUGGUGAUGAGUGCCUGCAGCUUUCCAGUGAACAAGACGCCCCUGAGUACCUGUCCACUGUGAUUGAUAUUAUAAGAAAAGGUACAUCAGCCACAGCAGCAAACAUCAACCCACAAUCAGCAUCACAGCCAAAGGUCGAGCAGAUUCAUUCAUCUGCAGCUGAAAGAGUCAGAUCCAAUGUUGUGGUCAUUCCCUCGAGAGUUCCUUGUGGGAGCUCCAUGGAGGUGUUUGUUCUUUUGAAAAAUGAUGCAGCUGGCUGUGACUGUAUGGUUGAAUUCAGCGCUGAGACACAGAUAGUGAGAGAAAAGCCUGUUCGCUGGAAUGAGCGGAUCCUCUGUGUCAAUGCACCAGAUUUUCCAGCAGGGAAUGUGAGAGUGACUGUGUAUAGUGGUGGAAAAGCACUGAUCAACACGCAGUUACAGUACUACACCAGUAUGGAGGAACUUGCUUGCCUCCUGUCAAGGGUCGCAGACCCUGUGGAGUUUAUGUGUCAGGCCCUUCAGGUUUCCUCUGUGGACAAACUGGAUCAACAGUUGUCCUCCAUGCUUCUUGAAGGCAUGCCCACUGGAGGUUUUCAGGGACUGAAGAGUGAAGCCACACAUAAAAGAGAGUUUCACCGUGCAGAUGUGCCUUCGCUCCUCCACUUUGCAGCUCAGUACGGAUUCAGAAAUGUCUCUGGCCUGCUUCUGCAGUGUCCUGGUGCUGAUCGAGCCCUGUGCACAACCAAUCGCCACGGACAAACUCCCACUGAGAUUGCAAAGAGCCAUGGCCACACAGAGCUUCACAUCUUACUGAAAGAGACACUGAAAAUGUUCAACUCAAGCGAGGACAAUGACGAUGCCAGUGUGUACGAAAUGAUGUGCAACACAGUCGUGCGGAAACAGCAACAAGAUGAGGACAAAGAUGAGGAGGAGGACCUUUAUGCACCGUUAGGAGUGAAUGAUGAACAUGACACCACUCUGAACCCAGCAAAAGCAUUGGUUAUCACCAAUCGCCCUCCAGCACCCACACCCAGGCCUGAAGGCAUCACGGAGAAAGACAGCAAAACUCCUUACAUUGCCCAAGUGUUCCAGAAGAAGAAGACACAACAAGGCGAUGCUGAUUUGUAUUCACUUCCCACUAAACAAGCAGCUGCAGAAGGCAGCAUCACCUCCACCUAUGACACCUUUAUACCAAACCAGAUGUACAAACUUCAUGGGCUUGGUGAGCUCCAACAGAGGCUGAAAGCAGGUUUACGCACUGAUGAGACUCUUGAGCGCUUCAGUGAUUGGCAGCAGGUUCAGAAGGGCAUGGAUGCCAAGCAGGAGGAGAAGCUGAGUCACCUGAGAGCCAAAAUCAUCAGCAACAGGAAUGACGACAGCGUCUAUGAUAAAAUCAGCGUUGUUCAUCAUACAUCGUGUGUUGCAACUAAUGAAAGAAGAAGAGCAAGCCAGCCGUUGGAGUCGGAUUUUUACAGCAAGCCGCUUAAAGGACAGCAGAUGUUUCGGAGAAGUGACAAACGGUGAAUACAUGUGUAAAAAUAACUUGUCAAUGAGAAUCAAACUGUCUGCCACCAAUUUAUUCUAAAGUUAGCCUCUUUAUAUCUAGUCACACAAUAUUUCUGCAGUUUUCUUUCCCUGAUUUUCAGUCAGCAUAGACAGAUUUUUCAUAGAUGUCGUUAGGUUUUUUGUUUAUUUUCACUAUUCUCAACCUAGUCUUGUUUUUUUUAGAGUAAUGCAAAAAUGAAAUGAUGACUAAUGAUGUGUCUGAUU